AUGAGUUCUCGAACAUUGAACUGGUCUCGGACAGCGAAGUCCUCGUUGACGCAACAUGUCGCUCGUCCUGACCCCACCUCGAUGCGCCCGGCACAGUCACUCAAUCUCCGAGCUCAAAUUGCCGAGUUCUCGGGCAGCAGCGAGAGCCAGGACCGCUUAGGUCGCCGAGCGAAGGAGAAAUUGCUUGAUCGGGAAUUCUUUCUCAGCUUGCUGAGCUCCGCAUCCACCAAGCGCGAAGCUAAGUCCUACCUAGCUCGGCUCAAAGCCAGCCCUACCAAGUCUGCCCAAAAAUCACCUACCGAGCCUCUGAAUGAGCCCUCAUCGGCAUCGCUUCCCUCUGGUGUGAAUUUGGGCUCGUUCUACGGUGCUUCUAGGGCCGUUUACGACAGUCCUGUGUUCCGACAAGAUACUACGCCUACUCCACGAGAACAGGAAUUGCCGGAAAGGCUACACUUGGCCCUGAUCAAAAUUACUACACCACAGUUGCUCGAUGAUUCCGUCAUCGAUGGAGUGGCCAAGACCCUGUCGCAGCUCGUGCGCCUAGGAAUGGCAUGCUGCGUAGUUGUCGAUCCCGGAAAGCUGGAUAGCGCUGCUGCAGUGCGACAAACAGCCAUUGACCAAGCAAAUCGGAUAUCGGCUGCAGUCGAUGAGCAGCCCGACUCGAAAUCUUUCCGAAUGGACUCUGCAUUAACCAUCUCGGAGCGAGGCUCUGGUCCGCCCACGGUGCUAUCUCGGAAAGUGCUUCUGAGUGCUCUGCGGGAUGGCCAUGUGGUUCUCGUCCCGCCGAUCGCUUAUACAGAAGUCAGUCCUCGUGCCGUUCCAGUGUCUGCCAAUGAUGCUGCGCUUGCAUUGACGAAAGAGUUUGCCGGGCUAUCCUCAAACCCACACCCGGAUGAGGAUCCCGCAGUCACGGUUGAGAGAAUCACUGCUCUUCAAAAAGAAGUCUCUCUGGAUCGUGUCAUUGUCCUUGAUGCUCUUGGAGGAAUCCCUGCGUUUACUGGACCACAAUCAUCCCAUGUCUUCAUCAACAUGGAGCAAGAAUUUGAUCAAAUUGCAAAUGAGCUCUCCCAGGCACGACGAACUGUAUCUGGAACCGAUCCCGAUCCCACAAGACAGGUCAACACCGAAGCCACAUAUCCAAUCUUGGACAGCAAUCCUUUCUCGAAAUUCGUCAACCGAGAGAUCGUCUCACCUGGACAAUCCGACCAAUCACCCGGCGCCGAGGCAAUGCAGAAGGUACUCGAUGGUCAUCUCGAGAACCUCCGACUGGCUCAACAAGCACUGGCAAUGCUACCAUCCGCUUCAUCGGGUAUCAUCACAUCCCCACAAGAGGUCUCCCACUCGGCUCGAGCCCCCUCAAUGGCCGCAUCAGAUCUCUCAGCCGUCGGAACCCGGCGACAGCGCAACCCGCUGAUCCACAACCUCCUCACUGACAAGCCUCUCCUCUCCUCCUCGUUACCUCCAGGUCGACGCGGUGCCUCCAGUAACGGUAAAACAAUCACAGUCAGCCCUUACACGUCCCACACAACCUUCGUGAAGCGCGGCAUGCCUCUCACAAUCCUCCCAAACCCACACGUGCAAACAUGGACAGCCAACACCCAACCCCGACUACAACUAAACGACCCAACAAUCGACCUCCCCCGCCUAGUCCACCUAAUCGAAGACUCCUUCGACCGCAAACUCGACGUCCAGAACUACCUCGAACGAGUCAACGACCGCAUCGCAGGUAUAAUUGUCGCAGGCGAAUACGAAGGCGGCGCCAUCCUAACCUGGGAGACACCACCAGGAGUGGUCGACGACGGCAGCGAGGCAAGCGCCGCCCGCAUGGUCCCCUACUUGGAUAAAUUCGCCGUGCUGAAGCGAAGCCAAGGCGCAGGUGGUGUCGCCGACGUGGUCUUCAAUGCGAUGGUACGCACCUGUUUCCCCAAUGGGGUUUGCUGGCGGAGUCGUAAAGACAACCCCGUAAAUAAGUGGUACUUUGAGCGCUCGGCGGGAACUUGGAAGCUGGCUGAUAGUAACUGGACUAUGUUUUGGACUACUGCUGGGUUACCCGAGGACUCUCGGCGCUUCCAGGAUUAUGAGGCUGGGUUCUGCAGAGUCAUCUCGUUUUCUUCCUUUGCCUGCCAAGAUAGAGAUCCAUCUUUAUUUGCCUCUCUCAGCCUUGCAGAUUAUCCUGUCACCAUUCCGUGGGUCGGGUAUUCAAGAUCUGGGAACUAUUUCAAUGAAUGGCAGGGCACACUGGUAGCAGAAAAUGGCGAGAGAACAACCUAUCAUGUGGAACCGCACUGUCCAGCAAGUAGCCAUUGCCUGACGCUUGAUCCGCCGAUAACGUUGAUUGUCGCACCUAACACCUAUGAACUUAUAACCACAAACCCUGGUGGAUUCACCGGCUACUCGAGCUCUGCCUGCACGUUGACCGGCUCCCCGUCGCCGACGGCUGCCCGCUAUUCAUACACAGAUUCCUAUGAGUUCCGCAGCUCCACUACCACCAAGUCAGCCACGAUGAAUGUUCCUGAUGACUUGAUGGACUUUCAAGUUUAUCCGGUCACCUUGACUGUAGCUGAGUCUGGAUCUACUAGUGCAACCGGAACGGCGACUGGAGCUACGACUGAUACUACUGGUUCUUCGGCUGAGUUGACCGGUCAGGGCGCGUCAAACUCCCAGGAUACUAGUGCUACUGCUACUGCUACUUCUACGAAGUCGGGCAAUAUUGCAGUCAAAACAACUGCACCGAUGUUGGUUAUGGGUGGUAUCCUUGCGGGUGCUGUGCUUCUGAAUUAA